AUGUCUACCAUCACCAAAGAUCCAACAGGUUUCACUACCUCAUUCUCAGACUACUACAACGAUGAUCGUGAUACUGAAUUCUUUUUCCACAAAAUCGAGCUUGCUGAUAAGAUGAUCAUCAAUGUCCAAACGAACGGAAUAAUGGAUACCACAUUCGAGUUGCCAAUCUCGUCCAGAAUGGCUAUCACUCAUGAUGCCAUGAUCUCUCCAGAAAUCGGCGACGCCGGAAUUGAGCCACGUCUUAUUGUGGGGAACCACUCAAACUUGAAAAUCCAGAUUGUCGCUACACAAAUAGGCAAGGUAAUCGCUACUUCCAGAAACCCCAAAGACACUAUAUUGUCCAUAGGAUCACGCUGGUUUGGACGAGGCGAUGAGACAAACAAUGAGGACUUCGACAGAUUGAUGUUUAUCUUGGGAAAUGUCAAAAGACUAUUGGGUUAG